GUGGGCGGUGCCGGCAGCUGUGGUGGAAUGCGGCGGCGGCCCAGGUGCUGAUCCCUGGCUGCUCCCCAGCCUCCUCCUCUGCUGGCAGGAUCAGGGCAGCUUCAGCCCUGCCAGGGCCCUGCAGCCAUGUCCACCUUCCAGCAGGGGAGCGUGGAGGACUUCUACGAGAUGGGGGAAGAGCUGGGCAGCGGCCAGUUUGCCAUUGUACGAAAAUGCCGAGAGAGGAAAACGGGUCUGGAAUACGCAGCCAAAUUCAUCAAGAAGCGUCGGCUGUCAUCCAGCCGUCGGGGCGUGAGCCGGGAGGAGAUUGAGAGGGAGGUGGACAUCCUGCGGGAGAUCCAGCACCCCAACAUCAUCACGCUGCACAACAUCUUUGAGAACAAGAUGGAUGUGGUGCUGAUCCUGGAGCUGAUCUCGGACGGCGAGCUCUUUGAUUUCCUGGCUGAGGAGUCCCUGACGGAGGAGGAGGCCACACAGUUCCUCAAGCAGAUCCUGGAUGGGGUGCACUACCUGCACUCCAAGCGCAUCGCCCACUUUGACUUGAAGCCAGAGAACAUCAUGCUGCUGGACAAGAAUGUGCCAAACCCUCGCAUCAAACUCAUCGACUUUGGGAUCGCCCACAAGAUUGAAGCUGGGAAUGAAUUCAAGAAUAUAUUUGGGACCCCAGAGUUUGUAGCCCCAGAAAUUGUGAACUACGAACCCCUCGGGCUGGAGGCAGACAUGUGGAGCAUUGGGGUCAUCACCUACAUCCUGCUGAGUGGAGCUUCCCCCUUCCUGGGGGAAACAAAGCAAGAGACCCUGACCAACAUAUCUGCCGUCAACUAUGACUUCGAUGAGGAGUAUUUCAGCAACACUAGUGAGCUGGCCAAGGACUUUAUCCACCGUCUGCUUGUUAAAGACCCCAAGUAAGAGACAGGGAGCAGAGCUGGGGAUCG